AAAGUAAAAACCCUAAACGUCAAUAAUGCGUGUGUCACUCUUAAUUGCUUAAAUCACUUAGAUAAAUCCGAGAAACACGCGGAAUUACUUCCCCUGUUUCGAACUAAAAUCUAACUUCUCUUCUAUAUGUACUGUCUGUAAAUCUUUCUUAAUUAUUUCAUUGUUCUUUCUUCUGUUUUUCUUUGUUUUUUAAAGUGGCGGCAACGAUGGCUGGAGAUAUCCCCGGAAAAUUGACCGGCUCCGCCGGCCGAACCGGCACCAUCGGGUUACUGAAGACACUGAACCGCGACGAGCUUCUUGAAGUUUUAUCUCAGGGUUUUUGUCAACACUGCGAGGCUCUUUUAGAGGAACGAAUUCAUCAGCUCUUGAACAAAGAAUACCAUUUUUUUUUCUAAGACGUACAUAGGAUAUAACAAUGGCAUCUCUAAAUCAAACCAGAAGCAGCAACACCACCACUAAGGCAACGAGGGGUCGCCAGAGGAUUUCGAUAAAGAAACUCGAAAACGAAAGCAACCGCCAAGUGACUUUCUCCAAGCGCCGCACUGGUUUGUUCAAGAAAGCGAUCGAGCUUUGCAUUUUAUGCGGUUGCAACAUCGGCAUCAUCGUGUUCUCUCCCAAAGGAAAACCGUUUUGCUUUGGUCACCCCGAUAUUGACACGAUAUUGGAGCGUUACCUUAGCAAAAACCCUAACCAUGAUGAUGGUUUGAUGAUGUCUGGUGACGACAUUGCUCCAUGUCUCGAAGAGUUCAACGAGGAGAUCCGGGAGACGUUGGAGAAACUUGAGGAAGAAAAAAAGCGAAGCAAAGAGAUCCAAAAGGAAAACGAAGAGAGAAAAAUGAAGGGACUGUUUUGGUGGGAUGACCCUAUUGAUAAUAAUAUGGGAAUUGAGGAACUUGAAGCUUAUGCUAAAGCCUUGGAGGAGUUAAGGAAUAAUGUGGCUAAUAGGGCUAGUGCAUUGAUGGAAGAUGUUUUUGCCAUGUCGACUGCCAUGACGGUGGCUAAUCCUGAUGGUAUGGGCAACAGUUUUGCCGUCCAAAAUAGUGGCUUUGCCGUCGGAGACACCGAAGGGUACGGGGAUUUCAAUCUAGGUGUUGAAGGUUUUAAUUUUGGUAAUGGUCAUGACUUAGAUUAUUAAAUAUUCUCUAUUCAUCAUUGAAGGUAUGUCUAUGGCUAUUAUUUUACGUUAUAAAAUUAAUCUGCUUAGUUUUUAAUUAUUUUAUGAACAAUAUAGAUCUAUAUAUAUGAUCAUAUAUAAAUGAAAGCUAGUUUUUUUUAUACCUUUAAA